UGGAUGUUGGCAGAGCCUUCCAACUCUACACCACCAUUGGCGGUUGGCACGCUCCUCCCCCUCGAUCAAUUCGGUCCUCUCCGAGCAGGUGACCGUGCAACGGCGCAGCAAUGGCGACCGUCUCCUACCUCGAGCUUUCGCUUUGCUUCCUCUGCUUCGUCUUGUUCUACUGCUUCCACGUAAGGUCCAAGCGCAAGAACCCGGCGCUCCCGCUGGACUGGCCGCUGGUGGGCAUGCUCCCGGCGCUCCUCGCCAACCUGCCGCGCCUCCACGACUGGGUCACCUCCGUCCUCACCGCCAGCACGCUCAGCUUCCGCCUCGCCGGCCCGCCGCGUUCGGGGAUGCAGCUCUUCUUCACCGCUGACCCGGCCAACGUCCGCCACGUCUUCACCUCCCACUUCCUCAACUACCCCAAGGGCCCCGAGUUCGUCGACGGCGACUCCUGGCGCCGCCAGCGGGCUAAGGCGCAGCUGCUCAUGUCCGCUCCUCGGUUCCGGGCAUUCGUGUCCCGCUGCACCCGCCGCAAGGUCGAGAGCGACCUGCUCCCGCUGCUCGCCCGCGUCGCUGACGCCGGCUCUGGUGAGUGCGACCUGCAGGACGUGUUCCUCAGGCUCACGUUUGACACCACCACCACGCUGGUCUUCGGCCUCGACCCGGGCUGCCUGGCCGUCGGCUUCCCGGAGGUGCCGUUCGCGCGCGCCAUCGACGACGCCAUGGACGUGCUCCCAGUCCGCAUCGUGCUCCCGCUGUCGUGGUGGAAGCUGGUGCGGCGGCUCGGGGUCGGGUAUGAGCGGAAGAUGACGGUGGCCUGGCGCGACAUCGGCCGGUUCAUCGGCGACACGAUCGCCAAGCGGCGACAGGCGGUGAAGGCCAGAGGCGGGAUCGAGGACUCGGCGGACCUGCUCUCCUCCUACAUCGACGACGACAAAGACGACGACGAUGCCAGCGCGGUCAUCGACGCCUUCCUCCGGGACACGACCAUGAACCUCAUGCUCGCCGGCCGCGACACGACCGGCUCGGCGCUGUCCUGGUUCUUCUACCUCCUCACCAGGAACCCGGGCGUGGUGUCCAUGAUCCUCGCAGAGCUCGACACCAUCAAGACCACCACCACCACCCUGGACGGCAUGGUGACCUACGACCCGGACGAGCUCGGCCGGCUGGUGUACCUGCACGCGGCCCUGUGCGAGUCGCUCCGGCUGUACCCGCCGGUGCCGAUGGAGCACAAGGGAGUGGCCUCCGCCGAGGCGCUGCCAAGCGGGCACGAGGUGCGGCCGGGGGACAAGAUCCUUGUGUCGCUGUACGCGAUGGGGAGGAUGGAGGCCGUGUGGGGCAAGGACUGCCGGGAGUUCCGGCCGGAGCGGUGGAUAGGGGAGGACGGCAAGCCGCGGUACGUGCCGUCGUACAAGUUUGCCUCCUUCAAUGCUGGGCCGCGGACCUGCCUGGGCAAGGACAUGGCCCUCGUGCAGCUCAAGACCGUGGCGGCCGCCGUGGUGAGGAACUUCGAGGUGGACGUCGUGCCAGGGCACGUCGUGGAGCCCAAGAUCUCCGUUAUUCUCCACAUGAAGAACGGCUUCAAGGCCAGGAUUAAGAGGAGACAGGUGAUGAACAGCUAAUGCAGAGCAACAGUUGGGCUGGGUGCGCUCUCAGUCUCCAUAACAGGCUUAUGACCGUUUCGAAUA